AUGAACUCCAACCAGCCCAGUCAAGCCCCGCCCAGCCCGCUCUCGCCCAGCCCGGCCCAGGACAAGCCACGCACAUAUGACGCCACUGUGGAUGCAUUGACCGCCGCUAUCCAGUGCGGCAACGGCAUCCGCACCGCUGUCCUGGCCCGCGAGGCCGUCUACAUGAAAACGCAGCAGCUGUGCAAGACUGGGAUGCCCAAGAACAAGACCAAGGGCAACAAGAAGAAGAAGAAGGGCAAGGAUACGCCGGCUCCUCUGUCCAAGAGGCAGCACCGCGAACUUGCCAUCAAGACCGUUCGCAAGGUCAUCUACCAUGCCAUCGAGCACGAGAACGCCUACAACCUCGCACGCGACAUCAUGAACGACGCAGUCCGCAAGAACGUCAAGAGCAUCGACUUCGACCACGUCGCCCGCGAAAACGCGAUGAAGAAGCGCGUCCGCGACCUUGUCGAGGAGAAGACUCGCACCAUCGACGAGCUCAGGGCCCGCCUCAUUGAGCUCGGCGACGGAGUUAUCCCUCCGCGCGAGAAGUUCUUUAUCAAGGACGGAAUGACCGAGCACCACAUCGAGGCACUCAAGAACCGAGAGAUCCGUGAGCUGAAAACCCACCUUCGCCACUUUGAGGGAUCUCUGAAGGCCAAGAAAGAGGAGUGGCUUGCGUACAGGGUGGGGAGCCGUCCUGUACAAGACAAGGCGAUGAAUGACCUGGCUGCUUCCAUGGACCUGUUGGCCUCCUCUUGCUCGGGCUCGAAGGACAGCAACGAUGAUGGAGGCGACAAUAGCGACAUGGAGCUCGACUUUGGUGAUGAGGUCAUGUGA